GUUUACUCUGAGAGCUGGUGGGUACAGAGAUCAUUUCAUGUGGACAUGAGAGGACAGAGAGACCUGCAGUGGAUUUUACAUUAUUGACCAAUCAGGAGUGACAACGAUGACAGCGUCAGUCGUCCGCUCUCCCGUGUUUCACCCGGUGUUCAUGGGUUUCCUGGCUCUGUCGAGCUUGGAGGGAGUGUUCACCUGUCGUCUAGGGACCCCAGAAGAAUGCGCCAAUUGUUCCUUUGUGCCUGGCUACAAACUGGCUGGGAUGGGCUAUGAUGUUGUAACACUGAGACAAAAACGGGCCUCUGUGUUUGAUGUCAACAGUUACGUGGCUAACUCCUGCAUGGUAUGUGUGAACCCACUAAUGGGAGGUGAGCUUCAGAAACUCCCCUUGCAUAUGAAGGACUGGCGGGCCGAAAGUGACUGCAAGAGGAAGACUCUGAGUUCCUAUUACUACUCUGUCAGCUCUCUGGUGGAUGAUAUAGCCUUCUUUAUAGAGAAUGACUGGAAGGCCGGGCUAAAGCUGGAGAAUGUAGACCUGCAGUUAGCAGGCAGCAAGUCCAAGGUGUACGGCUUUGCAUCCGCACACUCAAAUGCAGACAAGUCUUCCUUCUCAUUUCAACAAUUUACCUGCUCUGUCUACAGUUUCAGUGUACCCAGUAAACCCCCACUUAGCCUGGAUUUCCAGCGACGCAUAGCUUCUCUGCCACACCACUACACAUCCAACAGUGAGGCGUACAAGGACAUCAUUGAUACCUACGGAACCCACUACAUCAGUGAUGGAGACCUCGGCGGGAUGAUGAAGAGGGUGACUAGCAUUCGCACCUGUCUGGCAGCUCUAAACAAGGUUUUUGUGUCCGACGUAGAAACAUGUCUGAGUAUGGGGUUGGACUUGGACAUACCUGUCGGACUGCCCGUAGACUUAGGGCUAAACCUUUUGGGUGGACAAUGUUCGAAGGUCGCUACCAACUCUGACAGUGCAACAGGGUACAGCAUGGGCUUCUUAAGUCACCACACGGAAGUGAACGGUGGGAGAACCUUAAAUGGAGUUGCUUCUAUGAGAAAAGCUAAUAUAGAUAGUUUCUUAAAAUGGAUAAAAAGCCUAAAUGAGUUUCCGGAAAUGGUAUCCUUCUCCCUGCAGCCUCUAUAUCAACUGGUUGAUGACAAACAGACGAGCGCUGAUCUACAAACAGCUAUUAGUCAGUAUGUGAUCGACAACGGGAUUAAGAGAAUAAAGACAGAGAAUCAAGCAUGCAGGGAUUCACCUGACCUCUCUGCUGAUUGCUGCCCCCUGUUGGCAGGGAGAGGCAAACUAACAGUCUUUGUGGACCGUGGGUUUAGUCUGAGGGGUGAUGGGAUGGCCGAACCAGAGGGUUACGUCAAACUGUGGUGUUCAGGUCAGCACAGGCAGACCCGCUGGAUCACUACCUAUGAUCCACUUUGGCAUACACAUUUCAACUUUAACUAUGUAAACACCCAGUCCUCUCUGGAGCUCCAGGUGUGGGAUAAGGACCCAGGGGAACGUGACGAUGACCUCCAGGGUGGAUGCUCUGUAAUCCUGGAGCAGGGGAGCCACGGGCAUAGCUGUGGACUCAGUAAUGGUCUGUAAACCUGGAGCAGGGGAGCCACGGGCAUAGCUGUGGACUCAGUAAUGUUCUGUAAACCUGGAGCAGGGGAGCCACGGGCAUAGCUGUGGACUCAGUAAUGGGAGUUUCACAUUCUCUUACACAUUAACUUGUGACAAACACCUGACUGGUGAUAAAUGUGACCAAUAUUACCCCUCCCCAAACUAGAGGGGAAAUCAGUGGAGAAUCGCAGUUAAUCCAGAACUAUAAUGUUGUGUGAAUUGUUACGUACUCUGUCCACGAGAGAGUCUUAGUGACAGAUUACAGUAGGAUAAUAAUAUAUACAAUUUGACCUUUUAAACAUUUUACAUUUUUUCUUCUUUAGUCUUUUAGAUCAUCGUAUUUUAUGUAUGUAACAAUCAGCGGGGUAAAAAGUAUUAAAUUCUCAUACUUGAGUAGUACUUUAAAAUGAUUUUUACUUAAACUACUUUACAACACUGAUAACAAUGUAGGAGAACAGUCACGAAAAAAUAUUAAUGAAAAUGAUUCAUGAAAAUGAAUGAAAGCACUUCUGUAAUGUGGCAUUUUAACCACUAGAGGGAAAUGUCGUCCUGAGUUAUCCUUUAGUUGUAUCAGAUGUUGUAUGUAUCUCAUGUGAUGGGGAAUACGACCUACUUACUACAUAAUAAAUUCUUCUUCUUCUGA